AUGGCGUCCUGUCCAGUGUGGGACUACGAUGAUCUUCUGCUAUGUUGGCGCCACCGGCUAGCGGUGUACCCCGCCGCCGCCGUGGGAGCGGCGCUGGCGGCGGUGUUGGUGGUGAAGCUGGUGCAAAUGGCCCGGCGCCAUCGCAUCGUCCUCGACGGCGACGACUCGCUUGCUGCCACUCAUACUCAGACCGAAGCCAAUGAACCCGUGACCAAUUCAUCCGCGAGUGCCGGCGCUAAGUUGCGCCACCAGCACUACAGUUUGGACCAGCUCGGCCAGGUCGACCACGAGAUCACUAAACUAGUGUUCAAAGGCGUGGGCGACACCGUGCGGGUAGCGCUUGAGUUCCUCCUUGUUGCCACCAUCGUCACCUGUAACGCGUUAGCUUUGUGGAACCGCCACGUCAAAGUGGACCAAACCACCCUCCAGGUAAACUUGGCGGUGUGGAGUUAUCUUUUCCUUAUUGUUUCAUUGCGGGUGAUUAAUAUGCGCCGGGUCCGCAUCCGGUUGCCCAGUCUCUGGGUGCACCUGACCACGGCCUACCUCCUCCUAUUCCCCUUCCAAUUGGUGUUGAUGAGAUCGCUGUUCUUGCACAAGAUGAACCACUACACCCGGUGGUACUGGCAAGUCACCGCCGUGGCUCAGUUUGUACUUUUCUGUCUUAAUUUCAGUGCUAAGGUCGGCGAUAAGCCUUCUCUCGUGUAUGUGCCUGACGACGGUACCACUCCGUCGCCGGAACCGGUGCUGUCGCUCUUCCUGUUGAUGCUGUACUCGUGGAUCGACCCCAUGGUGUGGCUCCUGACUAAGCACACGUUGCAAAAGCUGGAGAUCUGGGCGCUUAGAGGCGACGACUACGCGUUACCCACGCUUAAACAGUUUAACGAAUUGCCUGAGAAAUGGCGUUUCCCCACCAAGCUUGUCUACUACUUCAAGGGUUUGCUUCUUGUCCAGGCGAUGUGGGCGGCGCUUGAAGGGGUGCUCAUCUUUAUCCCCUCGCUCUUGCUUAAGCGUAUCUUGGAGUACGUUGACAACCCUGAGCAAAACUCCCGCCAAUUGGCGUGGACGUUCGUGUUGUUGAUGCCCAUCUGUAAGAUUAUUGACCUGACGUCGCUGGGGUGCCUGUUGUUCAUCGGGCGCCGGGUGUGUUUGCGGAUGAAGCUGAUCAUCAUCGGUGAAGUGUACGCAAAGGCGUUGCGGAGACGGGUGGCGCUGGCGGAGACUGAGGAUGCUCCUCCCAAUGAGAACGACGACGUUAAACAAGUGUUGGAAAAGGAAAAGAAAGACAGCGAGAAACUGGCCGACUUGGGGGCGAUUAUCAACUUGAUGGCCAUCGACGCCUUCAAAGUACUGGAAAUCUGUGGCUACCUCCAUUUCUUCGUCGGGCUGAUCUUCAUGAUCAUCAUUUGUAUCUGGCUCUUGUACGGCCUCAUCGGUUGGCCUGCUCUUGUCGGUUCGUUGAUGAUCAUCUUGUUGUUACCCGUGCUGUACAAGAUGGCCACUUGGGGGGCUAACCUCCAAAAGAAGAUGUUGUCAGUGACCGACCAGCGGAUCCAAAAGCUUAACGAAACGUUCCAGCUGAUUCGGAUCAUCAAGUUCUUUGCCUGGGAAGACAAGUUUGCUGACCAAGUGAUGGACAUCCGUCGCAACGAAUUGUACUACUUGAAGUUGCGUACCAUCGCCUGGUGUAUUGGUUCGUUGGUGUGGUUCGUCACCCCCACCUUGGUGACGUUGGUGUCGUUCUACUGCUACACCGUGGUUGCUGGUAACCCCUUGACUGCCCCCGUCGCCUUCACCGCCCUCUCGUUGUUCACUCUUUUGAGAACCCCCUUGGACCAGUUGCUGGACAUGACCGCAUUUGUCAUCCAGCUGAAGGUGUCGUUGGACAGAGUCGACGACUUCUUGCGCGAGCCGGAACUGACUAAAUACGACCAAUUGCUGCAAUCGAGAGGUCCGGACUCUCCUGAGAUUGGGUUCGAACAGGCGCUGUUCUCGUGGAACGUCAACAACCACAACAACGACUUCAAGUUGCGUGAUUUGGAUGUGAGCUUCAAAGUGGGUCAAUUGAACGUGGUCAUCGGGGCCACCGGGCUGGGUAAAACCUCGCUUUUGUUGGCGUUGCUUGGUGAAAUGGACUUGAUUCAAGGGAAGGUGUUCCUCCCGGGAGCUAAAGCUCGCCACCUUUGUGAAAUCGACCCGGCCACAGGGCUCACCGAGUCGGUGGCUUACUGCUCGCAACUUCCGUGGUUGCUUAACGAUACCAUCAAGAACAAUAUCAUCUUCGCCGCUCCGUUCAACCAAAAACGGUACAACGACGUCAUUGAAGCGUGUGGUCUCAAGAGAGACUUGGAAAUUUUGAGUGCCGGUGAUGCUACUGAAAUCGGGGAGAAGGGGAUCACUCUUUCGGGUGGUCAAAAGCAACGUGUGUCUUUGGCUCGCGCUCUUUACUCGAACUCGAAGACUCUUUUGCUCGACGAUUGUUUGCUGGCGGUGGACUCGCACACCGCGUUGUGGAUUUACGAAAACUGUAUCACCGGUCCGUUGAUGGCUAACCGUACCUGUAUUCUUGUUUCCCAUAACGUCGCUUUGACGGUUGCCGAAGCCGCCUGGGUGGUGGCCCUCGACAACGGUAGAGUCAAGGCUCAAGGUACCCCCUCCGACUUGCUCACUCUGGGCGACUUGGGGGACGACGAAUUGGUGAAACUGCUGGUGAUCUCGCUGCAACUGGGACUGCGUACCGCCUCCCACGUGGACUUGAAACAAAUGACUAAGGACGACUUGACUGCUAAAGCCGAAGCUAUCGAAAACAAAUUGAAGAAGUUGGCUCUGCAAGACCAGCCUGUGACUGAAGCCGCCGAAGCCGAAGCCGAAGCUACCGCUCUCCAAGCGGAAGCUGAAGCAGAUGGUAAAUUGGUGGAAGAAGAGUUCAAGGCUGAAGGUGUGGUCGGUGUCGAUGUUUACCUUGGUUUCGCUAAAUAUCUUGGUGGCUUCUGGACCUGGUUUUCGAUUUUGGGGUGUUUCGUUCUCGCUCAGGGGUUGUUUAUGACUCAGCUGUGGUGGUUGCGUGUAUGGCUGAUGAACAGUGAACGGGCUGCCCGCGGUGAGUUCGGUAUGGCCGGUUACGCCAUGGUGGUGGUAGCCGAUUUCAUGAGAACUACGCAACUGUGGAAGGACAAUCACUCGACUAUUUACUAUAUCACCGUCUACGGGUUGCUCGGGUUCAUUUACGCCUUCAUGGCGUCGUUGCGUGUGUUUGUGACGUUCUUUGCGGGGAUCAAAGCCUCCAACCGGAUGUUUAGAGAAGUGCUUCAACGUAUUCUUCGGGCCAACUUGCGGUUCUUCGACAAGACCCCCAUUGGCCGUAUCAUGAACAGAUUCUCUAAGGAUAUGGAGCUGGUCGACCAAGAAGUCACUCCCUUUGCCGAAGGUGUCUUCAACUGUGUUGUCCAAUGUCUCCUGAUCUUUGUCCUCAUCAUUGUCAUCACUCCCGGAUUCUUCAUCUUCGCGAUCCUCAUCCUGGUUAUUUACUACCUUGUUGGCUACUUCUACAUCACCCUUUCCCGUGAACUUAAGCGAUUUGAGCUGAUCACCAAGCUGCCCAUCCACCAACACUUCUCAGAGACGCUUGUUGGGGUACUGACGAUCAGAGCUUACGGGGUGGAGCCUCGCUUCAUGGUGCAGAACUUGGAGGCCAUUGACGAGAACAAUAAGCCAUUUUUCUACCUUUGGGUCGACAACCGAUGGUUGCUGUUCCGGGUGGAUGCCGUGGGUUCGCUUGUGAUGCUUUUCCUGGGUAUCUUCGUCAUGUUGUCCGUGGGCAAAAUGGACGCCGGUCUUGCCGGUUUACUGUUGCUGUACGCCAUUGCCUUCUCCGACCUGGCGUUGUGGAUCGUGCGGAUGUAUGCCAAUUUGGAAAUGAACAUGAACUCCGUCGAAAGAUUGCAAGAAUACAUGGAUGUGGACCAGGAACCUCCUUACGAGAUUGAGGAGACGAAGCCACCAGCGCUGUGGCCGCAACAGGGGAGAAUCGACGUCAACAACGUAUCGUUGCGAUACGCUCCCCACUUGCCUCAGGUGAUCAAAAAUGUUUCGUUCUCCGUGGAACCGUUCAACAAGGUAGGCAUUGUCGGACGUACCGGUGCCGGGAAGUCGACCAUCAUUACUGCGUUUUUCCGGUUCUUGGACCCCGAGCUGGGGCUGAUUGCCAUUGACGGUGUCGAUAUUCUGACCAUUGGGCUCAAAGACUUGAGAAAAGCUAUCACUAUCAUUCCUCAAGAUCCCACGCUUUUCACCGGUACGAUCCGCUCCAACUUGGACCCAUUUGACCAGUACACCGACGACCAGAUGUUUGAAGCUCUUAGACGCGUAAACUUGAUCGCUCCUGAAGAACAAUUGCUAGUAGGCCUGCUGUCGCGUGGCGCUUCCCCUUCCCCUGAGGAGAACCAGAACAAGUUUUUGCGCUUAGAUAACCCUAUUGCUGAAGGCGGGUCCAAUUUAUCGCAAGGUGAACGUCAACUCGUGUGUCUUGCGCGGUCGUUGCUUAAAAACCCUAAGGUGAUGCUUUUGGAUGAAGCCACCUCGUCCAUUGAUUAUCAGCUGGACGCUAUGAUCCAAAAUACCAUCAGAGAAGAGUUUGGCCAGCUGACGAUCUUGACUAUUGCCCACAGAUUGCGUACCAUUAUUGACUACGAUAAGAUUUUAGUGAUGGAUCAAGGGAAGGUGGUGGAGUACGAGAAUCCGUAUGUGUUGAUCACCAACCACAACUCGUUGUUCUACCUGAUGUGCGAAAACUCUGGAGAAUUGGAUUCGUUGGUGAAGCUUGCCAAGGAGGCAUACACUAAAAAGUUGAACCGUACUUCCUAA